GUUAUAAAGUGUUGAGAAGCGGCUAAUCAUUAGUUGAUUAUCAACAGAUGGUAAAUUAAAGAUUAUUUUAGUUUUGCAUGAGUUUGAAUCAUUAAUUAGAUGCAUUUGAACCCCUUGAGGAGGAUUUACUGUCUCAUAUACAGAUCAUAUGCUGACAUGACCGUUGCUUUCAUCUGAGAGAUUGAAUAUGAUUUGUUGGAAGACAGCUGAGAUGAUGUCGGCUCAAUCUACAAAAGAUGAUGUUGAAGAAGCUUAAGAUGACAAAAGUGCUCCUGGACAUGAUUCUGUCACACAAAGGUAAAAAAAUAUUUGAUUCGACAACCACAAUCACUCUUUGUCUUAUUCUUCCAUCCAGAUGAACCUCCAUGUCGUCUUCAUGUAACAAAUGACACUUUGUUACAGUGAAUUUCAGAAGAAUACUAAUGUACGGUUGCAUCAGUUGUUUACCACCAAAUUUCCGUCAGGAGCCAAUGGCGAGUUGCAUCAUUGCCAAUCAGUGUUAAUGAUGAGGACUUGCUUCGACACGUCUUCUGAACCAAUCCCACCGUCCGUAAACAUAAACCCUGUAAAUAUGUUAAUAUGUUAGCAAGUUGUCUGGUCCGUAAACUCAGCAACAUGCAAAUAAUUCUUCUGUAAGAGGGGACACAUUUCCAUAUUGGUUUAUUUUCUGGAACGCUUGGCUUCGAUUGGCUCCUGAAGCUCCCGGUGGUGUUGAAUCAUGGGACUGAAGGUGUCGUCAGUGUCUUCAGCUUAAAAUGAGCUAUCAGUCUCACAACGAACUUCACACUGCGCUGAAGACCACAGGAACGUCAGACAGGUAAGAGAUGAUGCUUAUCAUGACACUGAAAGGGUUGGUCUGACGGACACUUCAUGAAUGUGACAACUGGUGGUUUAAGACGAUUCAUAUUCAUGACAUUAAUUGAACAAUCAACUAAGGUCACUGAUUAAUUCAACUUAAUGUUUUGACUUAACUAUGAAUUUGUGUUACUGUAUCAACUUAAUGAAACUAUCUUUUGUAGAGCUGCUUUAAAGUUGAAAUUGAAAUCAAAACGAUAUUUGAACUGAAGUAAUCUUUAUUAUUGUGAAGCUGUGUUGUAUAAAUACUAUGAACAUGACUUGACAAAUCUAGUUUAGUCUAGUUUAUAUCACAAACUCUAUACAUAUUCUGUCACAUAGUUGUCAUAAGGCUGCUUGUUUAUCUUCUAUGUAUUUUGUGAACCAUAAUUAUUGUACUAUUAGGGUUAGGGUUACCGUAUUACCCUAUUGUUACCCUAUUGUUCAAGUAUUUCUAAAAUGUCAUUGUGUAGAAGAUUUUUGUACUAUGAAUAUUUUUUCCCAUUUCAAACAAAGUAGAUUCCUACUGUGACAACAUGAUAUAAUGUGACAACAUGCCCCUUUGUAGAUGUAGUUUGUUAAAUGAACUGUAACAAUCAUGUUUUUCCUAGUCAAGAAUUUAAAGUUUCAACUAGAGAAUAUCCAUUUUUAUUGAAAGUGAUUAUUCUUUAACAGAAAGCCUUUUGUUGCUUUAUGAGAGAUCGUCACAUGUGAUGUCAAGGCAUCCGUAGGGAAAUACUUUAAUUCAACACAUAUUUGUAGGCAUGUGUGGAGAGUUUCAUGAGCCCAAACAGUGAAAUUCACUCAUGAAUGUUUUUAUCGCGACACAAAGUCAAAGCUGUUUCAGUGCCGUUUGAUUGGCCACCGUUUGUGUGUUUCAGGGGUUGGUCCGAGCACACAGAGAAGACGAUGGAAAUCACAGAGCUGUUCAGAUUCAUCAACUCCUCUCUGCUCAUCAGUCACCGGCCGCUGAACGCCUCUCCGGUCGAGCAGACCGUCUACGCCGGAUGCGCACACAUGCCCAGCGUCCUCAUCUUCUACCUGGUGCUACAGUUCAUUAACAUGUUCCUGGGCAUCCCGGCCAACAUCAUGGUUCUGUGGCUCAUCCGUAAGAAUAAGGGAGACUCGUCCACCUCAGACAUCUUCAUCAUUCAUCUGGCCGUGCUGGACACUUUCUUCUGCCUCUCUCCUCCGCUGGAACUGGCCAACAUCGUGUACCUGACCAGCAGCAGCACCUGGUUCGUCCUGCGCUUCUUCUACGGCUUGAAAGAUUUGUCGCCGCUCUUCUUGUCCUGCAUCUGUCUGGACCGAUACAUGGCCGUCUGCCAUCCCAUCACCUUCACCGAACUCAAAGACCAGCGGCAUCGCUCGGUGUGCGCCGGCGCCGUGUGGCUCGUCACUUUAGUCUACGCCUCAGCGAAGUGCGCAGGAAACAUCCCUAACUUCGAGAAAGUCUUCACCGUCAUGAUUCUGGUGGCAUUUGCAUUCAUGCUGUUCUGUAACAUCUCCAUUCUCUGGGCCCUCAGACGGUCGGCUCCAGGCCGAGACGAGAGGCAUCCCGUCAAGAAAAAGGCCUUCAGAAUGGUCAUCAUCAUCUUGGCCAUCAUUGUGUUUAACUACUUCCCGCCGGUGGCUCUCUUUCCGUUUCAAGAGUAUUUCUCUCCGGAGGUCUUCCGCUGUUACAUCCACUACAUCGCCUUCGGCUUCAUGGACAUCAGCAGCAGCAUCCAGCCGGUUCUGUAUCUGUCACGGGACAAGCUUCACAAAGUCCCACCGCGCUGCUCGAAAAACACGGAAUCUGUGGACGAUCCUGUGUUCACCGUCAGCCAUUGAUUUGCUGUUUUUGGAGUAUUUCAUUGAUCAGAUGCACUGAACUACUGUAAUAAUGCAGGUCUGUGUACGUAAACAAUGUGUGCUGUUAUUAUAUUACAGCCAUUAGAUUUAUUCGGCAGCUGUUUUAUGGUUAAGUUUUUUGAUUGU